AUGGAGAAGAAAGUCGAGGAUCAACCGGCAGCUCCUAUCUACAGCGUUGAGGAUGGCGUUGAGGUCGGCCAGGUCAUCAACGCGUCUGGUCACGUCCAGGAGCUAGAGCGCAACUUCAGUCUACUGAGCGUCUGUUCGGUGGGAAUAUGCGCGGGGAAUACGUGGGCGGCACUUGGAGGCAGUAUUGUCGUUGCUAUCUAUAAUGGAGGCCCGCCAGGCGUCAUCUACGAACUCUUCGCCGUGUCUUUCUUCUACUGGCUCAUUGCCGCAGCUCUGGCUGAGCUCGCCUCUGCCAUUCCCUCCUCUGCCGGCGUCUAUCACUGGGCGUCUAUCACGGCUGGACCGAAAUGGGGCAAGGCAGCGGGCUGGUAUGCCGGAUGGUGGAACUUCCUAGGCUGGAUAUUCGGUGCCGCGUCGGUAAGCGCCAUCGUCGCAAAUCUCAGCCUCGCCAUGUGGGGCCUAUUCCACGCCGACUACGUCCCGCAGCGCUGGCAUGUCUUCGUGGCGUACAUCAUAGUGACCUGGCUGGCGUGCGGAACCGUCCUCUUCUGCAACACCCUGCUUCCGAAGAUCAACACACUCGGCCUCUACCUCACUCUCGGGGGCUGGUUCAUCACCACACUAGUCUGCGCAAUAAUGCCCAGCACCAAAGGUACUGGUCACGCCAGCAACGCGUUCGUCUGGCGAGACUGGGAGAACCAGUCAGGCUACACAUCGGACGGCCUCGUCUUCCUGAUGGGCAUGCUGAACGGUGCAUACGCAGUAGGGACGCCUGACUGCGUCUCACACUUAGCAGAGGAGGUCCCACUUCCACAAAUCAACAUCCCGAAGGCCAUAGCCGCGCAGAUGGUCACAGGGCUCCUUACCGCCUUCUGCUACCUCGUCGCCAUCUUCUACAGCAUCUCCGAUUUCGACGCGCUGCUCGAGCAACCUUACACGAUCCCGCUGGCCGAAGUCUACAGGCAAGCCACCACGACGCGUGGCGGGUCCUUAGGUCUUCUUCUCAUCGUCUUCCUGCCGCUCUGCUGCGCGCUUAUCGGAAUUCACAUCACCUGCGGCCGCAUGCUUUGGACCCUCGCGCGGGACCAAGCUACGCCGUUCCCGAAGCUGCUGAGCCGCGUCAGUCCGAAGUGGAAGAACCCGUUUAACGCGACCGUCGCGUGUGGUAUCAUUGUGACGGUGCUGGGCUGUAUCUACGUCGGAUCGCUGACCGCGUUCAGUGCGUUCGUAGGCUCGUUCGUCGUGCUGACCACGCUGUCAUACCUCGCGGCCAUCCUGCCGCAUCUCCUGACCCAACGCCGCUAUGUGAUGCGUGGCCCGUUUUGGAUGCCCGCUGCUGUCGCCAAUACAGUAGGGGGCAUCAGCUGCGUGUACAUUAUUGUUUUCAUCGUCAUCUACUGUUUUCCCUAUGCGAUGCCGUUUGAUGCGGCGAGCAUGAACUAUACGUGUCUGAUCACGGGUGGGUUUACGGUGUUUAUGAGUUUGUGGUGGAUGUGGAAGAGGACGAGGGGGUAUACGGGACCGAUUAUUUUAAUGCAGGAGGAGCGGAACACAUGUGAGAGAGGAGAGGAUUAG